AUGUCUCAUAGGGUCACUGACUUCAGAGGGAGAUUGGUGUGUGCGGUCGGAGGCGGCGACCUUGGCGGCGGCGGCGGCGGCGGCGGCGGCUGUGGGGACGGCGAUCCACGCUCCGCCCUGCAGACCGCCGCAUCCCGAGCCCGCGUCCCGGCGGCGCCGCCCCAGACUAUAAAAGGGGCGGUCCGGCUCUCGGACGGCACUCUUCCGCAGCAGCGAGUACUGGGACCGUCUCAGCAGCGCCGCGCUCACAUCACAUCACACAUGGCCAAGCUCCUGGUUGUACUCAGCGCCCUGGUGGCGGUGGCGGUGGCGAGGCCCGGCUUCCUGCACGGCGCCCUGCCCUACUCGGCCAUCCACGCACCCAUCGCCUACGCCGCGGCGCCCGUCGCGCUGACGUCGCAGUACCACGCGCAGGACGAGCUGGGCCAGUACAGCUACGGCUACCACGGCGGCCUCUCCGCCAAGUCGGAGGCGCGCGCCUUCGACGGCUCCGUCGCCGGCGGCUACUCGUACGUGGACGAGAAGGGCGAGCUGCAGAGCGUGCGCUACACGGCCGACGCCGUCAACGGCUUCCGCGUCGCCGCCUCCAACCUGCCCGUAGCCCCCGCCGCCCCCGAGGCCCCCGCCCUCGAGGCCCCCAAGCCGGUCGAAGACACCCCGGAGGUGGCCGAGGCUAAGGCCGCCCACGCCGCCGCCGUGGCCGACGCCGCCGCGCGCGCCGCCGCCGCCCCCGAGGAGCCCGAGCCCGCCGCCCCCGCCGUCAUCCCCGCCGCGCCGGCCGCCACCAUCGCCUACUCCGCCCCCGCCGUCGUGGCCGUGAACCCGGCCAAGUCGUUCGCCUACUCGACGGUGGCGGCCGCCCCCAUCGGCCACCUGGCGCCCAUCAGCUACGGCUACCACGCCGUGGCCGCCGCCCCCGCCAUCAGCUACUCGGUGGGCGCCGCCGCCCCCGUCGCCAUCGCCGCCGCCCCCGCUGAGGCCAACAUCGUCAUCAACGACAAGGGCGUGCCCGAGUACACCCCCGAGGUGGCCGCCGCGCGCGCCGCCGACGCCAUCGCCCACCUGCAGGCCAAGGCCCGCAUCUUCGGCUGAACCCCCACCACCGCCACUCUGCUGCUAGUCCCGCGAUCACCACGGCUCACCACACCUACAACGGACCAGGCAUCGUAAUACUCCUGGCGUCAUUCUAGCCGCCGACUUCCUCUGUACAAAGUUAGGCAGAUUAAAUUUAUUUUCGCAAACACAA